GAAAAGUCGUCAGUAUGUGUGGGACGCCCGUUGCGGAUGUACCGCGUUCGCUAUUUGAAUGAAAAUUAUUGCGAGUAAAAAAAUCUGUGAAUGGCCAGUGUUUAAUAAUUGUUGAAUGAGGAUUUACUAAAGAUAAGGCAGUGCUUUCAACGACGAACAAUGGCGGCGAUAGACUAUAACCACAUGUGCUAAAACCACAGUCAAUUCAGUGCAAUAUGUGUUAUCUGUGGUUCAAUUAACGUAUCCGUUUAAAAACCUAACCUAUAUGCACAGAGAGGCAUCUAACGUAUUAGACUCACUAAAACUACGACUAAAAUUGCUCGAGAGGACAAGGACUUACGUUAAAGUUAUAGAAUUUAUAAAAAAAGACGCCAUUCGGUAUUACAAAUACAUAAUACAAGAUAUAAAAUAUUAUGAACAUAUUCAUAGGUAACGAUUAUCAUUCAAAGAAUCUUGUCAAAUUGAAAUCAAUUUGAUUUUUGUAAUAUUUAAGACAAUAAUUGCACUGGUUAAUUUCGCUUAAGAAUUUACAAAUUGUGAUUUAAAAACAAGAUGUCGGCAAAGGCAGAACCAAUCGGGCCUCGGAAUGGCCACGAAUUGGCCCCGUUGAAUACCAGGGCGGAUGGCAGCGAACGACCUCAUGGGGUUACCAUCGUUCUACAGGGUUCAAGGAACUCAUUACAGCACGACGCCCCCGACGAAGAUAGAGCGGCAUGGUCCGGAAAACUACAGUUCUUCCUGUCAAUUAUUGGAUACUCUGUGGGCCUUGGCAACAUUUGGCGCUUUCCGUAUCUGUGCCAACAAAAUGGCGGAGGUGCGUUCCUGAUACCCUUCCUCAUAAUGUUGGUGCUGGAAGGCAUCCCAUUGUUUUUGAUUGAAAUGGCAAUAGGCCAGAAGAUGAGACUUGGCUCCCUUGGCGUGUGGAACACCAUCCAUCCUUGGCUUGGCGGUAUUGGGAUUUCCAGCUGUGUAGUUACCUUAUUCGUGGCGUUAUAUUACAACGUUAUAAUAACUUGGGUGUUCUUCUAUCUCUUUAAUAGUAUUCGGCUAAGCGCGGACGCCUUGCCAUGGGCCCACUGUCCCCAAGACAACGGCACUGCUGAAGAGGAAUGCUCGAAAACAACAGCUACGGUAUACUACUGGUACCGGGAGGCUUUAGAUGCGUCACCAAGUAUCGACAACCCUGGAGUACCACGCUGGUGGAUUGUUUGUUAUCUGCUCCUAGCUUGGAUUAUUGUAUUCUUUAUCGUCAUGAAAGGAAUACAGAGCAGUGGAAAGGUGGUAUACUUCACAUCUUUAUUUCCAUACGCUGUGCUAACAAUAUUCUUUGUCCGUGGUAUAACAUUACCUGGCUCCGCUGAUGGUAUACUACAUAUGUAUAAACCAAAGCUAGAAAAACUACUAGAUCCAACGGUAUGGCUGGACGCGGCUACUCAAGUGUUCUACUCCUUCGGGUUGGCGUUCGGCUCCCUCAUCGCAUUCGGCUCCUACAACCCACCGAAUAACAACUGUGUACGCGACGUGCUUCUUGUAUCUGUGUGCAACGCUCUGACCGCCAUAUAUGCAUCUGUGGUCAUCUUCAGUAUUUUGGGCUUCAAAGCUUUUACUAUGGUCGAAAAAUGUAUUGGCAAGGAAAUAAAAGUCUUAGCGUUGCACCAUAUCGGCGGUUUCACUGUUAACUCUACGCAGGAGUACUAUGAGGAGUAUUAUCCCCGCUUGAGUGACAAUAUCACCUCAUCACUUAAUCUUACGGGAUGCACCAUGAGUCGGCAACUGGAUGAGGCAGCAGAAGGCACGGGCCUAGCCUUCAUUGUAUUCACCCAGGCUAUUCUGCAACUAACUCCAGCUCCAUUCUGGUCCAUCAUUUUCUUCCUGAUGCUACUCUCCCUGGGUCUUGGAAGUCAGAUUGGGAUCAUGGAGGGGAUGUUGUGCACAAUAUUUGAUAUUGACUUCUUCAAGCGGUUAAGCAAACCUGUUAUAACAGGUUUCGUAUGCACUUUCUGUUUCUUCGUGGGUCUGAUCUUCACAACAGGAGCUGGAGAGUACUGGCUGAAGAUGUUUGACUCUUUCGCCGGGACCAUUGGUCUGGUGGUGGUGGCUUUGUUGGAGAUGAUCUCUGUUAUUUACAUCUAUGGACAUGAGAGGUUCACCAACGAUAUCUACGAAAUGACAGGCUACAGGCCAGGUUUAUACUGGCAAAUCACCUGGCGCUAUGUGGGACCCUUCAUCGUCUCCUGUAUCCUGCUCUCGUCUCUCGUAUUUAUGCUCAUCAACCCACCGACUUAUGGAGCUUGGAAUGCCGCUGAGGGACGCGUGGAGAAGACCCAGUACCCCAACUGGGUGCUGAUGGUGGCCAUAUUGAUGAUCCUAGCUGGAGUUCUGCCAAUACCUAUUGUUCUACUUCUGCGUCGCUUCCAAUGCUUGGCCCUCGACGUGGACAUCCACCAGGGAUCUAUAAGAAGAAUUGAGACCACAGUCUCUACUAAGGAGAUGAUGAGCGAUCAGGAUGUGAUUUCGCCGGAGAAUGCGCCACCUGCGCCUGCUCAGCUCGUCGCCGAUGUCGCUACUAAAUUCACUAUUGGCGACUUCGAUUCUGAUUCAGAACAAGGCGAGGUGCGAGCGUCCGGCACGUGCAACGUCUCAAGCAGUAGUGACGACGACAUUCCAAAUAAAAAAUAUUCACCGAUAACCGGAACUAGAUUCGCCCUAAAGCCCAUUGGUCGCAAGCCAACGACAUUCAAAAUGGACGUCAUUGACGAUUGACCGUUAUUUUUUGUGUAUUUAAUACACGCAUGUACGCAUUAUUUUGUGUAUAUUACGUUAACGUUGUUACUUAACGUAUUUAAGUAAACAGAUGGGAAAAUGUCGGACGUCUUACCAUGUUCCAGAGUAGAUAUAUUCCUUCCUUGGAAUGCCAAGAUUUUGAGCGGUUGUCGCGUUUGUACUUCUAGUAAGAUGUAAUCAACUUCUGGGUUUCUACCAUCUCCGGACACUACACAGAACCAUCCUUAUGAAGUAAGUCAUUGUACCAUAAGGUUGGUUUCUGCACUCUAUGUAAAUACGAACAGACAGUUUGUAUCGGCAAUUUCGGUUGUCUUAUAUUCAACGUUCUUGAUUAAGCGAGAGCCUAAUAUAUCCUGGAACACUGUAUUUUUUGUGUACGGGUAAAAUUAUUAUAAUAUAGAUAUAGUAAGCACUCGUUCCCUUUCACCUUCCAUUUUGAGUAAUCAUAAUUUGUCAACUUAUUGUAACGUAUGCAAUAUUUUCUUUAGACAAAUGUAAUCAUUGAAGCUGUUCGAAACUGUGCUUGCUAUUUAGAUUAUUUAUUCGAAUAGCAACACACACGUUGAAAUAAAAUUAAUUAUAAUUAAAUAUACAAUCGUGAAAGACAAAUACUCAUUCUUUCUUGAGUUUAACGAUAAAUUUGUUUUAAAUCCUACACUUAAUUUGAGCGACGCGAAGUUAGGCUUAAUUCACAGGAUCCUAACGGUGAUUACAGUUAAUCUAGGAAAUCCGUGAAAAGAUAUAGUAGAUCAAUUUAAAAGUUUAAGUUAAUAAAAAUAUUAUAUCAAAACUAUCGCCGAACGAUGUAAAUAAAUCUACUAUAUUUUUUUAAUAUCCUCUAAUUAUAAUUUAUAAUUACGCGCUGAAAUAGGAUAGUGAUAAAAUAUUUUCGAAGUAAUUUGAAAGUGGAAAUUCGCCACCUAUAAAUGCUAAGUAUCAAUACUCGUUGUAAAAACUAGUGGAGCGAAUGUAAAUAAUUAGUUUAGCUUAAAAUUAAGCCAAUCUAGGAAUGCGGUGCCAGAACUUCUACCACUUCGGUAGAAUUAUUUAUAACCAUUUACGUUAAUGCAAUGUUUUCUUAUGUAGGCACUGAGCCUAAAGUGCCUUAUAAGUAAGCACGGGCAUGUCUUAUCAAUAUGUUGUCGAAGUACGUAGACAGCAAUAGGCAAUUACUGUGUUUUUGUGUAUCCAUACCGUAUCAGAUAGCUUAAGUUAAGUUGCGCAUUCAACGAUAAUUUGGUGGUCUUAGGGCGGUUACAGACAAGGGUUUUUACGCGCGUAUAAGGUCUUCUUUGGAAGCGCAUGUAGGCACGUAUAGGCGCCUUUUGGCAUACGUGCAACUCGUACGAGCGUUGACGCGCUUCUAAAGUGAUCGGUUGUCUGUCUUGAUGCAACCAUUGAUGACACCCAGCAUCUGUUUCGUCUUCUCAGUGGACGGCGAAUAAGUAACGCAAAUAGCAAUGUGUCCUCGUCAGAAUCCAUGUUCGUACUGACACGCUGCCACUACCGGUUUGAGCGAACACGCCGAAAUAUGACAGUUUACGCGCGUCCGGUUUUUUGAAGCGCGUAUACUGAAACGACCGUAUACGCGCAGAAAAAUACGCUAGUCUGUAACCGCCCUUAUGUCUACUAUAUCAAUAACAUCAUCGUAAAGCAAUACCGUUUGGAAAGUUUUCUGAGCUUUUGCGGAUUGUUUAAAUUUUCC